GCAAAAUACGUCGGAAUUUAUGAUCAAUUCGGUCAUAUUUUUCGCUCCGUUCGCUAUCUUCACUGUGCACUCGUUACCACCAUCAUCUCUUCCCGUGAUCGGGGCCACAUUCGUGCCAAAGUACACCGCGAGGAUAUAUGGGGUGACGCGCGGUUGGUGGUCCACUUUUAACGAACCUCAGUCUGGAGUUACGACCGUUCGACAAACAAUUGAACUUUCUCGAAGUAAACUAAACGGCGACCGACCGUCUGCCGAAAAUACCAAAAUUUUUGCGGUGCGAAAAGAGUGCGAGGAAAACGUACGACGGAGUCUCGCUAACUUCGCUUUUCUUUCACGCGCAGUAAAAAUGGAUAAUAUGAAUAUAAUGGAUAAUCAAUUGAAUUACGACGAUCCUCAGUUUGUGACAGUACUAGAAACUUGUUUGAAAAUAGAAAUUGCGACGGCUAAGGAAGAGCUGAAUACUAACAUGACGGAACUAAAGAGACUGAAGACAAUAAUACGUGCUGAACUCGACAAAAGGAAGCAACUUAAGGAAAAAUCUAUGCAAAUGAACAAAAUUAGAGCGAUAUUAAGCAAGACUUUAACAAAAUCAUACGAAAGCAUUCGCGAAGUUUCGGAUAAUCUGGAAAUAAUGAAAGCGAAUGCCGAUGAUCAAUACAAAUUAAUUCAACUUCAAUCGCAAGAGUAUCAAAACAUCGUUGCCGAAUAUAAGCAAACAUGGCAUGCUUAUCAUGCUAUGUACGAGAAGUUUCCGUUGGCGAAAGCCAGGAACGCGGCCAAAAUCAAGUUGGAGAAACUUAAAAUCGAGUACAUGGUCAUAACUUUUAAGAAAGCAGAAAUGACGACGAUCAUCAAGCAGAAGCGAGAUAUCGACUGGAUCCGAACACGCAGCAAGAUAAUUGAAUUCGCCACCGUAAUGGUGGAACGUUCGAAGUUGAAAGAAAAGUUAAGGAAGCUCAAAGUGGAUGUGAAUUAUCAUACAAGAAAAUUGCAUUCAAUCGAAGGGGAGCUGCAAGUGCUACGCAAGAAGGAAGAGGAUCAGAAAACACUUAGGAAACAAAAAAUGCUGGAAAUGGCACCGCCAAAAAUUAAUAUACCGUAUCGAGAAAUAUACGCUCAAAAUCAGAUGCACAAGAAAGAUCAGGAAUGGAAACAAAUUACGGAGUUCUUUGACGAUAAUAUAUCGGUCAAUACAUUGGCUUUAGAAGAAUUAUCAUAAACACAAUAUCACCUGAGAUAAUAGACGUAGAACUGGAACAGGAGAGCAAUCCAAAAUUUACUGCAGUUCAGGAGGAAAAUAUUUCUAAUUUAGAAAGUACU